AUGAGGUGUGUCUUCUCAUUAACCAAUGGGGACGCCUUCGGCUUGACCCUGCACAGUCUGGAGGUCCGCGGGCCAUUGCCUGGAGCGCAGUGCUACCGCCUCUGGAGCGCCCGCACAUGUGCAGCAGGGAGGAUAGGUCGAGGCCCAGAGGACAAUGGAGAAGCCUGCCUCCUGGUGCGCUGCCCUGAAGGACCGGGAGCCCAGUCCCAUGAAGGUGCAUCGAAGAUGGUACUGGCCACAGGGCUUCUGGGAAACCCUCGAAGGACUUCUGUGAAACCCCGCCCCAUCCCAGGCCCCGCCCGCGGCCCCUCCCGGAGCCGAGCCGCAAGCAGGGCGUGCACCGGCCUAGCUGCUCAGUCCCUGUGCUCAGCACCGACUCCGCGGGGAGGCGGUACGGACUGGCCCCGCUUGGCAUCGGCUGGCCCCGCUGCGGGCGCCCAGCGGACAGGUGUGGUCGCGCGACGUCGGCCUGGCCCGGAUGCGUGGAGGCCGUGGGAGCUGCCGGAGCAGGAGCUGCCGCGGCCACUGAAUGCGCGGCAGCCGCAGCAGCUCCAGCACCUGGAGGAGUCCUUUAUGAGAAACCUCCUCCUGGGCUUAUCAAGGUUGGCGCUGGAAACAAUAUGGUCAUCACACAGGAGACAAAGAAUGCCCUUUCUUUAUCAAAGGCAACCAGAAGUUAGAGCAUUUGAGAGUAGUGUGCGUUUUGCAUGUUGUACAGUGACCAUGGAGGCCAGAAGAGGGCAUCGGAUCCCCUGAAACUGGAGUUAUGGAUGGUUGUUAGCCACCUAGUGGGUGUUGGGAACUGAACCCAGGUCCUCUGCAAAACAGGAAGUACUCUUAACCACUGAGCCAUCUCUCCAGCCCCAGAUGUCUUUAAUAUUUUAAGUUAGAAGUAUGUAUGUUCCCUCUCUGUACAAUAGUAACACAGAGCCCUCAUUUUAACAGAAUGCCUCCUACAGGCAACAAUUCACUGUUCAGUUACUGUUCUACCAAGGGAGUGUGCUGCUGUGGGAAUGGCCCUCAGCACACACCAAAUCUGUCAAGAAGAAUUCUCCAAAUUAAUAUUUUUCAAUUUGAAAACUUUAUUUAUUUAGAGAUAAGUUCUCACUGUGUAACCUUGGCCGGCCUGAAACUCAGAGAGAUCUGCCUGUCUCUGCCUCCUGAGUGCUGGGAUUAAAGGCGGGCACCACCACGCCCAGCUCCAGUAAGCUUUAUUUUAUAGUAGGACUAUGCCACUGUUUGUUUAGUUAUUUCCUCAGGAAAUAUACUACUUUGUGUUUUUCUAAUUCAGAAAUUCUUUUUGUAGCCUUAAUGAGUUUAGUCAUGUAACUUUAAAAAGCAUUUGAAUAUGUUAAAUAUAAGGCUGUAUCAAACAGUUUCUUUCUUAAACUUAUUUCAGUAACAUAAGGAUUUAAUUCAUGUUUAGCAGUCUGUGAAGCCUAACCACAUCUUAACCUUCUCUGACCAUUAAGGGACAUGAAGAGUCCCAUGAAUGACAUUGUUCGAGAGACUAAAAUAUACAAAAAGGAUGUGAGGUGAGGUUGCCCCAACAAUGCCAACAUCCUGACUUCUUAAAAAAAUAAUCCCUUUAAAAAAUUUUUUCUUUCUUUUUUUCUUUUUUAGAUUUUUAAAAAUUUAAUAACCACAUGAUUAAAAGAAGCAUUUCAUUACAGCUUAACAUAUUCAAUA